AUGUACAGAGCGGAUAUGCAAAUUUCUUUUCGACAGAAAACUGAUUUUAGUGAAUCAGCAUACCAUCGUUCAGAAGAUGAUCUUUUUGCGAAGACUUUUGGUAUUAAGGAAGAUGGGUAUCAUGACGAUGAGGGUUUUCAUUUUGCUCCUGCUACUCAGGAUUUGGGCUCAAUAGCUGUGAAGGAAGGUCGGUUAUUGAGUUGGUCCAAUGCGUUGCAAUACAAAUUCGAACCGUGUACGAGAAGUAGUCUUACAGAACCGGGAAAUGCGAAAUUUAUCAAACUUAUAAUCGAAUUUGAAGGAGAAUUUAGGAAGAAAAUUGCCAGCGGAGCUGUUGAACAUAAUCGAUAA